UUUAACUGUGUAGCGGUAAUAUUUCGGAGACUCCAGGUCGCUCAUAUUUGAUGUAGUAGUCUUACACCGGUUGUCUAUGUCAUGUCGGAACGAGCGGCGCAGUGAGCACACACAGCCGCCGGUGUCGAGCCCCUCCUUUCUCCUCUAGCUAGACGUCCCGUUACUCACAGCCCACCCAUUUUAAAUCAAAUAUGCCUCAAAGUGAAACCAAAAAAAACCCAACUAAUUACUCCCCUACGUCCCAGUCCUUAGCUGUGUUUCUCUCCGCCAUGUCAGCCCGCGUCCAUCGUGCCGAGCUAGCUAGCUAGCUAGCUAGCCGCAUUAGCAACAAUAUUGCCGCACGAACGCCGCCGCGCGUAAUGUUAGCUGCGCUUGCUAGCUGUGUGUUACGUUCGCCGUUUCUAUGGGGUCUGUUUAUUAAGGAACUGAACAGAACUGCUCAUUCUUCGCUACAACUCUGGAAGAAAAGGAAGAUUUUAGUCUUUGCUCCGUCUCCUACAAGAGAUAUCAGAAGGUUUUGUGCGUGGUUUCUUGAAGUUUAGCUUCGCUGCGUGUUAAAGGCCUAGCUGCCGUCUGUUAGCCAGUGUGAAGCAGUCUGUUGGAGCAGGUGGGAGGGAACAGCUGCUGUUGUAAACGUGCUUCCGACCAGGAAAUUUGUUCAACUACCAGCGUUGACUUGGUGCUAUGAACAAUGACCAUAGUUGACAGAUCUUCAGAAAAGUCUGACCACGAGUCAGUCGGAUGUAACCGAUCCUCCUUCGCUAGUGGAGACGUGGGGAUGGACGGUAGUUGUUCCAGCAGCUGGGCAGUGGGCUCCACCAUGCCCAGUGACUCUCCAAGGCUGAAGGCUCCGGGAUGCGUGGGCCCGACGAUUGGAGCUGCUGUUUACAACAGUACACCCUCAUCUGUGGAGCGGCCCAAGGAGCAAGUGAUAAGCAGUACCGAUGGAAUUGACUUGCCCCAGAAGGUCCUAUUCUCUCCAGAGCGGCUCGUCCUAAAGUGGACCCAAGUUCACCGCAUUGGUGCAGGCCUGCAGAACAUGGGGAACACCUGUUUCCUCAACUCAGCUCUGCAGUGUCUCACCUACACCCCUCCGUUAGCUAACUACAUGCUGACGCGGGAACACUCCAAAACAUGUCAUGAGCCAGGGUUCUGUAUGAUGUGCACCAUGCAAAACCACAUCAUUCAGGUUUUUGCCAACUCUGGGAAUGUCAUUAAGCCCAUUGGUGUGCUAAACGAGCUCAAAAGGAUUGCAAAGCACUUCCGCUAUGGAAGCCAAGAAGAUGCUCAUGAGUUUCUGCGGUACACAGUGGAUGCUAUGCAAAAGUCCUGCUUACCUGGAACCAAAUUGGACAGGCUAACGCAGGCAACCACUUUUAUUCACCAAGUAUUUGGCGGGUACCUAAGGUCCAGAGUUAAAUGUUUAAACUGCAAAGCAGUGUCAGAUACAUUUGACCCUUUCCUGGAUGUUACUCUGGAAAUUAAGACGGCUCUCAGUGUCUCCAAGGCUCUGGAGCAGUUUGUCAAGCCAGAACAGCUGGAUGGCGAAAAUUCCUACAAAUGCACCAAGUGCAAAAAAAUGGUCACAGCCUCAAAGAGAUUCACAAUACAUCGCAGCUCCAAUGUGCUCACCCUCUCACUCAAACGGUUUUCAAACUUCAAUGGAUGCAAAAUCACAAAGGAUGUGAAAUAUCCAGAGUACUUGGACCUACGCCCCUUCAUGUCUCAGUCCCAAGGGGAGCCCCAGCUCUAUGGACUGUAUGCUGUACUGGUUCACUCUGGAUUCAGUUGUCAUGCCGGACACUACUUCUGCUAUAUUAAGGCAAGCAAUGGUCAGUGGUAUCAGAUGAACGACUCGUCUGUGUCUGUCAGUGACAUCAGGUCUGUUCUCAACCAGCAGGCCUACAUGCUCUUCUACAUCAAAUCCACUGAUGUGAAAAAAACUGGGGACUAUACCCACCUGAGCCAUAAUCCAGGUAUCUCUGGCCAGUCAUCUCCACGACCGGUGGUAACACCACGCAUCAACCCCACCGUCCACCACAACAACAUUGGUUUUAUUGGUCCCCAACUGCCACCACAAAUGACCAAGAGCACUCUCCACGUUAAUGGGAAUGGAUCUCUGAGGGACUAUCCCACAAGCUCCAAGCCCAGCACCAGCAGCGUGGUGGGAAAACCAGGGCAUGGACUGGCUUCUUCUUCCUCCAUCUCCCACUCGAUCAGCCGGCCCACAAUGAUCCCAGACCACGACAAACGGCAGAAGCUUUCAUUUUUCAUUGGACAGGGCAAACAGAACCGCCCAUCCUCCUCCUCGUCCUCUUACAGCCAGCCGUCCUCUGCCAGCAGCUCCUCCUCCAGCUCUUUAUCCUCCUCACAGUCUACCUCAGACGUCCGUUCAGACGUUCGCUUUGUUCUACGUCAACUUAACCACGUUAAUGGCACGUCUUGCAGUAACGUGGAUCACCACAGUGGAGGGAACGGAGCGUCAUUCCUGGUGCCGUAUGGCCAAGAAUCUUCAGAAGAAUCUGACCAGGAGACCCCUGGCUCUCUGGAUAACGGCUGUUUAUCCGAGUCUCACCCUAAGGGAAAUAAUGGCACUGAAAAUUUUAGCAGUUCUCCUAAAACUACCAAUGGAGAGUCAGGAGUGCACCAUAAUGGCAAUGGAUUAAAUGGACAAACCUAUGGAGUCUCUAAAUCCAACCAAAACGGACACCAUUAUGGACACCACAAAGUGAAUGGACACAACACCUCUGACAAGGUCUCUGGCAGUAAUCAUGGCAGUUUCUCCUCUGUGGCUCCUGCUGCUAAUGGACUAAGCAGUGACUGUAGUCAACCAAACAAAGAGGCCCAUGCUCCUUCCUCAUCCCAGGCCAGUUCUUCUCAGAGCAUUCAUCCUGCUGCUAAUGAAGGCCAACACCUCUCUACUCCUGAAAUAAGGGCUAAAACUCUGUCUGAACCCCUGCCUCAGCACACAGCACCUAUGGCUGUUUGUUCUCCACCUCCUGCUACUGCUACAAAGACCCAUUCUGUUGCAUCUAUAGAAUCUGCUGCUUCUUCUGGGCAUCAUGGCAACCCUGCGGCCUUAUCCACCCAGCCAGACUGCUCUCAAAGCACCAGUGGGCCAUCUGUAUCUCCACAGAAGGUUAGCAUCAGCAAGAAUGAAGCCAAGGACCUACCACAAAGUAAUGGUCCAUCAGCAGUGACUGAGGAACGUCCAGAUACUAAGGAGCAGCAUCAGUCCAAGCCCAGUUAUAGAGUCAAUGAAAGACAAUCCUCCCGAGACAGGGAGAGAGACAGAUUCUACUCUGAUACUGGCAGAGACCGGGAGAGACACUACAGGGACAGGAGCCCGGAACGGCUGAGACGGGACUACCGAGAUAACCGCAAUUAUCGCUCAUACAGGGAUCGUUCCCCUCUUCAAGAACGCUCAAAAAGAGACUGGGAUUCUGAGCGUCGACGGGAGCGAACUGGUUAUCUCCCUAGAGACCGCGAUCGUGACAGAAGCUCUUACAAUUACAACUACUACCGCCAACGAUACAGGGAGGCUGUGGAUUGGGGGCGGAAGGGAUACGAUUACUACCGUGAGGACUCUCAUAAUCAGCGCAGGUGGCACAAAGAAAGUCGAGAUUCCCGGGCAAUUAAGGACAGGAGCGAUGGCAGGGAGAGAGACUAUUACCCUUCUAAAGAGGGGACUUCCUUCCCUGCAACAGUGUCAGAAACAAGCAAGUUGAAGGGCUCCCCACCACGACUUCUCCUCUCCACAUCUGAAUCAGCACCGAACAGGGAGGAUCAAAAUCACAGGAGGACUGCUGAUCGUCCGAGCAAGGAGAGGGACGACAGCGCUGAGGCCCAUCACUCUAAAAAACACAAAAAGAGCAAGAAAAAGAAGAAGUCGAAAGAUAAAGACAGACACCGUGAGAGCGGAAGCUCCGACGGCGAUUCUGACAGAGCCACUGAAACAAAAAAGAAGAAAAAGAAAAAGAGGAGGCACCGGGACAGCGAUCCUGAGGAGCACAGCCCAGGAGCAGCUCGGAGCCACAGAAACAGGAGCAGUGAGGAAAGAGAGAGCCGCAAGCGACGUUACUCAGACUUUAAGGACUCUAAGCAUGACAGCUGUUAUUCACCAGGAAAACGUCGCCGCACAGACAGUGCCGACGACAGAUUAUAUUGUAUUUUUACCACAACUAAAGUGUUUUAAAUGUUCAAGAAUAUUUUCUUUUUGUUUUUAGUUUCUUUUUUUUAACGGCAUUGAUUUAUUUGCCAUAAUUCUCCUAACUGUUAUAAAAAAAUACAACACAAAAAACUGUUACCUGGUCGAACAUUUAUGAUGAAAAAUAUUAAUAUAUACUUGUAUGAACACAAACAAAGCCUGGAGCUUAAACAUCUCAACUGCUGCUCAGUGGAACUCAGGACUUAAAAACUUGUUAACAUCCAUCACUGAUAUCCACCUGCUAUAAAGAAAAGAACGAAAUUAAAGGGAAAAUUAGAAGAGAAGAACUGUAAGGCAUCAUGUUGGUUGCGAGUAAGAUGUCACCAUAUCUACAGAGCUGCAAAGUUUUUAGUUUUUUCUUUGAUCCCACUGGGAGCAGUCAAACUAAUGGAGGGAGAUAUUUGUGAAGGGGACUGAUGAGCGCAGUGGUGGGAACAAGGCUUCGCUGACUGAUACCUCCAUGUUAACCCUGGACAGACUUGAGAACAUUUCCCAGCUUUUUCUUCACGUCUUUGUUUCCAUUUCGCUCUGAAGCCUAAGAUUCACACUUUUUAAACUUUUUCACAAGAUGCAGAGGUUUUUUUUUUCUCUGGAUCAUGCCUGUCUCCUGUCAUUCUGUUGUUUUCUUUUUAAACAUUCAAAAAGACAAGCAUCAAAAACUUUGUUAUCAUGGCUGUGGACCAUUUGUGUUAGCUUUUUAAUGACAAAAUACAGUUUGUGUCUUCUAGCGUCAUGAAAAAAUACUGUGAAUUUAAUUUUGAACUGUACUAUCAGUUAUUUUUAUACGUAAAGAUCCUGUAUCAGGAUUCUCAGAUGUUUUGUUGAUUCAUUUUGUUUUUAGGAAAACUUGUAAUUUUGACCAUAUUCGCUGAACAAAAGUCAGUAAUGAGUAUGGUUUGCGUUUUUCUUUCUUUUUCAGCUUUAGACAGAAGUUGGGGGGGAAAAAACUGCUGUUAUACUUUUAGUUUAGCAUGUCAGAAUUUAUACAUUGUAUAAGGUAAAAGCCUUAAAAUACAUUUGUUAUUGUCAGAAA